CACGAUCAUAUAUUCUAAGCUAUAAAAUUCAAUGGUCUAGAUUCUAUUUAGUUAAAUUAUACUCUAUUAAACUUUUAGCAGAAAAUUGGACAAAUUUUUACAUUAAUUAAGCGAGCCUAUUUUUCUUAUAAAGCCCCCUCUCAUGACAUUACAUGAGAUAUUUUCAAUCACUUCAAGAUAAUAGAUACAAUUGUCCCAAAAAAAUCGGUUGCGUUAAAAUGGUACAUACAUAGUCACUUUAAGGUAUUCGUUAGAAUAAUUCAGGUGUUGAUCGGACUAUGUCCAUUUUGGGUAAGUCCGGGGUUCAUUUAUCGGCUCAAUUUUCAACGAAAUUCUUACUAAUUGAUUAACUCCGAAUAUCAAUAUCUCCAUACAUAUAUAAAUACAUAUAGAUUUUGAUAUUUCUCAAAUAAAGUCAAAGUUCAUGCAAUAAUUAUCGAAUAUAAUAAAAAGCCCAUUUCAAUAUUCAAAACAAUGACUUCUGCCAAACAUACUGCCGUUUUUAUUUCUGGUGCAACCGGAUUCAUCGCUCAGCAUACUAUUAGUCAACUUCUUGCUAAAGGUUAUAAGGUUGUUGGAUCAGUUAGGUCAACUGAAAAGGGAGAAGAAUUAGUUAAGAUCUUUGACAAUUCAAAUUUCUCUUACGAAGUUAUUCCAAUUCUUGAAAAGGAAGGUGCUUUUGAUGAAGCCUUGAAGAAAAACUCAUCCGUCACUGUUUUCUUACAUACUGCUUCACCAGUUACUGUUACUGUUGAGGAUAAUGAAAAAGAUAUAAUUAUUCCAGCCCUCCAAGGUACUAAAUUUGUACUCAAAUCUAUCAAGGAACAUGCUCCACAAAUUACCAGAGUUGUUUAUACCAGUUCUGUAGUUGCUACCGGUACUCCUGCUCAAAUUGCCGAUCCUGAAUAUAAGGGUGGUGAACAUACCUGGAGUUCUCUUACUUAUGAACAAUCUAAGGAAAAUGGUUAUAAUGCUUACUUUGGCUCUAAAAAAUUGGCCGAACAAGCUGCUUGGGACUUUGUUGAACAAGAAAAGCCAAACUUCACUCUUAGUACCAUCAAUCCUUCUUAUGUAUUUGGUCCUCAAAACGCUGCUCCAAAGACCAAGGAAUUAAACUUUUCUGCUUCUAUUAUUACCAGCGUUUUGAAUGCUACUGAUUCAGUUCCAGAACUUUCAGGUACUUUUAUUGAUGUCAGAGAUAUCGCAAAAGCACAUAUUUUGGCUUUUGAAACUGACCAAGCUCAAGGUAAAAGAUUCAUCGUUGCAAACAGUCUUUUUAAUGGCCAAACUCUUUUAGACAUUAUCAGAGGUAACUUUCCUCAAUUAAAAGACAAACUUCCAGUUGGUAAGCCUGGUGUUUCGCUCUCUGGCCCAAGCAGAUACAAUGACAAGAAUGCCAGAUCAAUUUUAGCUAUUGAUUACAUUAGUCUUGAAAAGUCUGUUGUUGAUUCCGUCAAACAAAUUAUUGAUCUCUGAACUAUGCAGUUGUAGAACUAGUUAAUAUAAUAAAUAGCGA